GGGUCAGCUCCGAUGGGCACCACCGUCGCCCCGCUCGCCCGCAGGUCCAUUGAGCUCGCGAGUUUACUGCUGUCGCGAGAUUUUCAGAGAACGUGGAGCCUCUCACGAAUUACCAAGGCAACUGGGCGGCGCCUGAGCAGGCGGGAAGGAGGCGUUUGCAGAGAUUUUGCACGCUUGCCCUGGAGUCUCCAAGCUUCCAGCCUCAGAGACCACGGCCUCCGCUCUGGGCAGUGUCCCUGUCCCCCCAGGGCUAUGGGCCGGGUCUCAGGGCUCGUGCCCUCUCGCUUCCUGACGCUCCUGGCGCAUUUGGUGGUCGUCAUCACCUUAUUCUGGUCGCGGGACAGCAACGUCCAGGCCUGCCUGCCCCUCAAGUUCACCCCCGAGGAGUACGAGCGGCAGGACAUCCAGCUGGUGGCAGCGCUCUCUGUCACUUUGGGGCUCUUUGCCGUGGAGCUGGCCGGCUUCCUCUCGGGAGUUUCCAUGUUCAACAGCACCCAGAGUCUCAUCUCCAUUGGGGCUCACUGUAGUGCGUCUGUGGCCCUGUCCUUCUUCAUUUUCGAGCGUUGGGAGUGCACGACGUACUGGUAUAUUUUUGUGUUCUGCAGUGCCUUCCCAGCUGCCACUGAAAUGGCAUUAUUCGUCGCUGUCUUUGGACUGAAAAAGAAACCUUUCUGAUCACCCUGAUGAGAAUGAAGGGACGAAGGCUGGAGGAGCAAGGGGCUGCUUACUGUUCCCGGAAAAGGAAGGUGUGGGCUUCAGCCCUCACCUCUGAAACUUCCUGGUGGAGAAUAUCAUUGUUGGAAUAGUUAUCUCCUGAGUCUGGGAUUAUCAGUGUUUUAUUGUGUGCUUUGUAAUAAAGUUUAUUUUGUAGUAAGACUUA